GUUGCUCCUCUCUCUGCCUUCCACACUCUCUCCGACUUCACGUACCCUACGCUCUCUCUAUCUCAAGAACAAUGGCAUCCCACAUUGUUGGAUACCCCCGUAUGGGCCCCAAGAGAGAGCUCAAGUUUGCUCUUGAAUCAUUCUGGGAUGGAAAGAGCUCUGCAGAAGAUUUGAAAAAGGUGGCAGCAGAUCUGAGGUCAUCCAUCUGGAAACAGAUGGCUGAUGCCGGGAUCAAGUACAUCCCCAGCAAUACUUUUUCGUACUAUGAUCAGGUGCUUGAUGCCACUGCAACUCUUGGAGCUGUUCCUCCUAGAUAUGGUUGGACUGGUGGUGAGAUUGGAUUCGACACUUACUUCUCCAUGGCUAGAGGAAAUGCAUCUGUUCCAGCCAUGGAAAUGACCAAGUGGUUUGACACAAACUAUCAUUUCAUCGUCCCUGAGUUGGGACCAGAGGUGAAGUUCUCAUAUGCUUCACACAAGGCCGUGGAGGAAUACAAAGAAGCCAAGGCUCUUGGAGUUGAAACUGUUCCAGUUCUUAUUGGUCCCGUGUCAUAUUUGUUGCUCUCUAAGCCAGCCAAGGGUGUGGACAAGAACUUCGUCCUUCUUUCCCUUCUUAACAAGAUCCUUCCCAUCUACAAGGAGGUUGUGUCAGAUCUUAAGGCUGCAGGUGCUUCUUGGAUUCAGUUUGAUGAGCCUACAUUGGUGAUGGAUCUUGGUUCUGACAAAUUGAAGGCCUUCUCUGAUGCAUAUUCUGAACUGGAAUCAACUCUCUCUGGGUUGAAUGUUCUUGUUGAGACAUAUUUUGCUGAUAUUCCUGAUGAGGCAUACAAGACCUUGACUGCUUUGAAGGGUGUCACUGCCUAUGGAUUUGAUUUGGUUCGUGGAACUAAGACAUUUGAUUUAAUCAAGGGUGGUUUCCCUAAGGGAAAAUUUCUUUUUGCUGGAGUAGUUGAUGGAAGGAACAUUUGGGCCAACGAUCUUGCCACCUCAGUCAAUAUAUUGGAGGAACUAGCUGGCAUAGUGGGCAAAGACAAUCUUGUCGUCUCCACCUCCUGCUCACUUCUGCACACUGCUGUCGACCUUGUCAACGAAACUAAGUUGGACAACGAAAUAAAAUCAUGGCUAGCUUUUGCUGCUCAAAAGCUUGGUGAGGUCAACGCAUUGGCGAAGGCUUUGGCUGGCAACAAGGACGCGGCAUUCUUUGCUGCUAAUGCUGAAGCUCAUGCUUCAAGAAAGUCGUCCCCCAGGGUGACCAAUGAGGCUGUUCAGAAAGCGGCUGCUGCUUUGAAGGGUUCCGAUCAUCGCCGUGCUACAAACGUUAGUACAAGACUUGAUGCUCAACAGAAGAAGCUUAACCUUCCAAUCCUUCCCACCACCACCAUUGGAUCCUUCCCUCAAACUGUUGAACUCAGGAGGGUUCGCCGGGAAUACAAAGCAAACAAGAUUUCUGAGGAUGAAUAUGUUAAGGCUAUUAAGGAGGAAAUUAACAAGGUUGUCAAGCUCCAGGAAGAGCUUGAUAUUGAUGUCUUGGUUCAUGGAGAGCCCGAGAGAAACGACAUGGUUGAAUACUUUGGUGAGCAGUUGUCAGGUUUUGCCUUCACCGUUAACGGUUGGGUGCAAUCAUAUGGAUCACGUUGUGUGAAGCCCCCAAUCAUCUAUGGUGAUGUGAGCCGCCCAAAACCCAUGACUGUCUUCUGGUCGACCACAGCUCAGAGCAUGACAUCCCGCCCAAUGAAGGGAAUGCUCACUGGCCCUGUCACCAUUCUCAACUGGUCCUUUGUUAGAGUCGACCAGCCAAGGUUUGAAACUUGCUACCAGAUCGCGUUGGCCAUCAAGGAUGAGGUGGAGGAUCUGGAGAAGGCUGGUAUUAAUGUUAUCCAGAUUGAUGAGGCUGCUUUGAGAGAAGGGUUGCCUCUGAGGAAGUCUGAGCAAGCCUUCUACUUGGAUUGGGCUGUUCACUCUUUCCGUAUCACAAACGUCGGUGUGCAAGACACGACUCAGAUCCACACCCACAUGUGUUACUCCAACUUCAACGACAUCAUCCAAUCCAUCAUCGACAUGGAUGCUGAUGUGAUCACAAUUGAGAACUCUCGCUCAGAUGAGAAGCUGUUGUCGGUGUUCCGUGAGGGAGUGAAGUAUGGUGCUGGAAUUGGGCCUGGUGUGUACGACAUUCACUCCCCAAGAAUACCAUCAUCCGAAGAGAUUGCAGACCGCAUUAACAAGAUGCUUGCAGUGCUGGAGAAGAACGUCUUGUGGGUGAAUCCCGACUGUGGACUCAAAACUCGCAAGUAUACAGAGGUGAACCCGGCCCUCAAAAACAUGGUGGCCGCCGCAAAGCUUCUCCGGAAGGAGCUUGCCAGUGCCAAGUGAGUUUGUUGAUGAUGAGUUGUCUCCACCGUCUCUUAAAAAAAAGAAGAGAUAUGACUCUGUUUUGUUUGUCCAAAUAAGUGUGUAGGUAUGCUCGUGGGAGCAUUUCUUGCUCUCGAGAUUGUUUUGAAUCGAGGCUAGUAUGUGUAGUAGUCUGUUAUGUUUUGCUUUCAAUAUGUUUGGCCAUUGAUUGCUUAUGGCUUUUGUUACCCUAAAUUCACAUGAUGAAUAGAGUGGUCGAUUCUCUCUUCGCCACUUCUUUUGUAUUAAUAGUGGAAAUAAUAUUUCGGAUCGCUGCUGGU